GGGCACAGAUCAGGAAGACAGACGCCUGAGUCACCGUGGGCGUCUCUGAGUUGGAGAAGAGUCGGUGCACGCUAUAACUGCGCCGAGCCACGGGUCGCACCGUGUAGAGCUGAGAGAUUAGAAAAGUUCUAUCUCCAGUCCAGGUUUACAUGGCGUGGGGCUCGACUCCUUCGCCCCCUGCUGCAGUUCACCCUGCUGAUGAUGGCCUUCUACACCGGCCUAUCCCGUGUGUCCGACCACAAGCACCACCCCACCGACGUCCUAGCAGGCUUUGUGCAGGGAGCCCUGGUGGCCUACUGCAUAGUGUUCUACGUGUCGGACCUGUUCAAGCCCAAGGUGAAACCAGCCACGCCCCCUCCCUCGCCCAUCAAGAAGGAGUUGCUCCCUUCCUCUGACAUCAUCGAAAGGAACAACCACCACAACAUGGUGUGACAGAGGCCACGCCACUUCCUGUGACUGAGGAGCCUAUCGCAGCGCUGCUCACCUCCCAUCGGACAGUAGAAUGUAGCGACGAGAGACUGUAGCUGCUUCUCAGCCGGCACCCUAAUCCCUUAUGCCGUGCCUUCAGAGAUGCGGGAGCGCACCGCAUAAGGAACGCAAAAAAAAAAAAAAAAAGGAAAAAAAAAGGAAAAAGGGUGUCAGAUUUGAGAUUUGCACAACAGAGUCCACUCUCACUAUCCAGACUUAUUUUUAACUACUAUGUUAACUACUAUUCACAAUUGAGCCCAUUGUUCUGAGCACAAACAGAAUUGGAAGAUAAAAGAAAAAGAAAGAAAGAGAAAUUGAAUUAGACGUAGAUACAGCCGACAGGCCGAGCCAAGCUUGUGGAAGCUGGACCGGAGGUGAAACUGUCUCUCCAGAAUUAAACACUUUGUAACCACACAAAGAAGAAGAAGAAGAAAAAACGAUUGUAAAGAGAAAAAUAAAGUGAGUGAAUGCAGAAGGAAGGACGAAAAAAGACAAAGCCCCAUUUUGGAGAGAGGGAUUUCCAAUGCUGCUCUCCUUCUCGUCUCUGUGGCCUCAGAACAUCACAGAACAACACCUUCCUUAGCUCUGUGGACGAUAUUACUGCAAUAUAACUAGCAGCGUAGAUACUAUAUUAACAAUAUAGAGAAAAAAAUAACUUAUAGCACUAUUUUAAAGUUCAUUGUCCAUUGUCACCACUUGCUGCCUGAAAGGUCUUGCUAUAAGAAAUCUUGAUGAUGCUGAUGCCCAUGUGAUAGAAGUGAAUAGUCCUAGAGAAGCUGACCAGGCCUGAGGUGACACAAGUCUCAUGAGACUCCGCACCACGGCAAGACAAAGUUAGCAUAACAUGGGUUUGAUGAGUGAGACUCAACAUUAGGUUGUUGGAACGAUCACACAUCUAUGUAGUUUUGCACCUAUAUAAUGUUGCAUUUACGACUGACUGGAUAAUGACACUGUCAAGACAUCAGUAACCUAGCAAGCUGAGAGAAUGGCGUUGGCGCUGGGCGGUGACACAAUCCGGUCUCUUAUAUCUCCAUCUCUGGGCCGGCACAUCAAGCCUCUUAUAAGUGGGCCGUCAGAGUGGCCUAAAACCCGGGAUGUUGCAUUUCAUUAGGGUUAUAGCUAGUAAAGGGGGGGAUAAGGGUAAUUUCUGUGGAAGAAGGGAGUUAGAUCUCUUAGCCUCUCAGCACCUGGACAAGGGGUGUGGCUGUGCCAUGCCACUUCCUGGUGUUGGAGCCAUCUGGUUGGUUUUUUAGGUUGAAAGGGGAUGGAUGGGUGGACAGAAUAAAGGGUGGUGGUCCGUCACCGUGGAGAGAAGGAGUUGAUUGACAGCUUAGCUGGCACAUUAUUUUCGGAUAACUUGGGCUCUUUCUGCUGGCAGGGAGGGGCUCACACCCACCCAAUCACUCAGUGUAUGUUGUCUCUUAGUGUGAGUAUUUGUGUUUGUGUGCCCUGUAUAUUCCUGUAUUUGCGUGGAUGCGCUUGUGCUUGUACAUUUAUCCUGUGUGUGUGCGUGUGUGUGUGUGUGUGUGUGUGUGUGUGUGUGUGUGUGUGUGCGUGUGUGUGUGCGAUGCAUGAUUGCGUGUGAAUGUAUGAACGCUGUGCCCUGUGAAAAAUUACCUCCCCUGGUACACUGUGUGUGUGUGUGCGCAAAAUAAAAGCCCCUCAUACGCACGCACACACUCAUAUACACACAAACACACACACAUGACUGUGCCAAUUGUGUGUGCCGCUGUGUGUUAGAGAGAAGCCAGGGGUGGAGGGAGUUUUCCCUGUCAGGUGAACGUCAUGAAAAACUGUGGAACUAAUGUUUUUAUUUUCUGCAAAGAUGCAUCUUUAGCCUUGUAUGUUACUAGUCUGUCCAGUGUCAUCACUAACAGAUGAGCGUACCAGAUACGGUGGCCCUUUUUUAUUUACAGCCUACUCAGUAAUCCUCUUCCAACAACACACUCCGCCAUGUUGCACAUCUUAUUUCUCAUCGUAUAGUCCGUCCUAUCAUUUCACCAUCACCAAGCCGUUUCACUCUUUUUUUAUAAAUAUAUAAAUAAUGUAUAGAUCACUAAAAUUAACUUUGUAAGAUAUUGUUUCUCAACAUGUUUAGAUAUAUCCACUAUGAUUACAGACCUGUGUUCCUUACAAAGUGCUGCUUAAAAAGCAUCGAUUGACAGAUUUUUGUAUCUAGAAAACUAAAAUAUUGUAGAUUGUGGUAGCUUUUAAUACACAUUCAGCAAAUACACCCACAAUUGUAUUAAGAUUCAAUAUUAGUAUUUUUGUAUUGUCGCAUUUUUGUACAAAUAAACUAUUAGUAAUGUUGUUUUGUUUUUUUUUCUGCUAAAUGUACCUAGCUCUAAUACAUGUGCUUUUAAAUAAAAAGCUCAUUAUG